GGCGCUUCCCCUUUCAAAAUCUCUCAUCCAACGGUCCAGAUUCGGUCUUACCAUCUCCCCCCCAAUUGUUGCUCCACCUUUAUAACAAUUCCACCCUACCUUCCCUUCUUCCUCGCUCGUUCGCAUUCUUCUUCUUCUUCUCCACAUCGCAAAAAUUUCCAACGAGUUUGCUGAUUUUUCCUCUGAUUCAACAAUGGCCGCGGAGAAGGAGAGAGAGACGCAGGUUUACAUGGCCAAGCUUUCUGAGCAGGCUGAAAGAUAUGAAGAAAUGGUUGAGUGCAUGAAGGCUGUAGCAAAACUUGAUCUUGAGCUAACUGUGGAAGAGAGGAACCUCCUCUCAGUGGGAUAUAAAAAUGUGAUUGGUGCAAGGAGAGCCUCGUGGCGCAUUAUGUCUUCGAUUGAACAGAAGGAAGAGUCAAAGGGAAAUGAGAGCAAUGUGAAACUGAUCAAGGGUUACUGCCACAAAGUAGAGGAGGAACUGUCUAAGAUUUGCAUUGACAUUCUGACAAUUAUCGACCAGCAUCUGAUUCCUUCUUCCGCUUCAGGAGAAGCCACCGUUUUCUACUAUAAGAUGAAAGGUGAUUAUUAUCGUUAUCUUGCUGAGUUCAAGACCGACCAAGAGAGGAAGGAGGCAGCUGAGCAGUCACUAAAGGCAUAUGAGGCUGCUUCAGCCACUGCAAACACAGAUCUUCCUUCAACACAUCCAAUCCGUCUUGGACUUGCACUCAACUUCUCAGUCUUCUAUUAUGAGAUAAUGAACUCACCUGAAAGGGCCUGUCAUUUGGCUAAACAAGCUUUCGAUGAGGCGAUUGCUGAGUUAGACACCUUGAGUGAAGAGUCAUACAAGGACAGCACUUUGAUCAUGCAGUUGUUGAGAGACAACCUUACUCUCUGGACCUCUGAUUUACCUGAGGAUGGAGGUGAUGAAAUCAAAACAGAAGAAACAAAACCUGCUGAACAGGAGCACUAACAUGGCAAAUUUCACCCUGGACGCAGUAAUCAGACUUCAACGACGUAAUUUUUCAGCAUUUAAUCUAGCAGUUCGUUUUGGACUGAACUCCAUUAUUACUGUGCUCUUGUUACAACCAACUGAUGCUAGAAAGUGCAAUCUACAGCUCUUUUCUUCUUUUUUUUCUUUUAAUUAGCAAAGCUUUACUUUCUACAGCUUUGAUAUAUUUCAAGUGAAAUGGUCAAUUUCAGUAAUGGAUGAUUUACAUGUAUAACCAAAAGCACAUCUUUUCCUUGUUGGUUACUUUUUAAUUGAUUCUGUCCAAAAUGUUUGUUUCCUCUGCA